CAUUCCCACUCCCUGCCCCACUGCCCGUCUCCUAGGCCACUAAACCACAGCUGUCCCCUGGAAUAAGGCAAGGGGGAGUGGAGAGCAGAGCAGAAGCCUGAGCCAGACCCAGAGCCACCUCCUCUCCCAGGGACAGACAUGGCUCAGCGGAUAACAAUACAGCUGCUGCUCCUUCUAGCUUGGGUGGCUGCAGUAGGGGGGGCCCGGACACUAACUGUGCGGGCCAGGACUGAACUUCUCAAUGUCUGCAUGGAUGCCAAGCACCACAAGGAAAAGCCAGGCCCCGAGGACAAGCUGCAUGAGCAGUGUCGUCCCUGGAGGAAGAAUGCCUGCUGUUCUACCAACACCAGCCAGGAAGCCCACAAGGAUGUUUCAUACCUGUAUAACUUCGACUGGAACCACUGCGGAGAGAUGGCACCUGCCUGCAGACGGCAUUUCAUCCAGGACACCUGCCUCUAUGAGUGCUCCCCCAACUUGGGGCCCUGGAUUCAGCAGGUGGAUCAGAGCUGGCGCAAAGAGCGGGUACUGGACGUGCCCCUGUGCAAAGAGGACUGUGAGCAAUGGUGGAAAGAUUGCAGUACCUCCUACACCUGCAAGAGCAACUGGCACAAGGGCUGGAAUUGGACCUCAGGGUCUAACAAGUGCCCGGCGGGAGCUGCCUGCCUAUCUUUCCAUUUCUACUUCCCCACACCCACUGAUCUAUGCAAUGAAAUCUGGAGUCACUCCUACAAGGUCAGCAACUACAGGCGAGGAAGUGGCCGCUGCAUUCAGAUGUGGUUUGACCCGGCCCAGGGCAACCCCAACGAGGAAGUGGCGAGGUUCUAUGCUGCAGCCAUGAAGGAUGAGGCCCCUUCCAUCUGUAAUUUGAGGCACAGGGGCUGUAUAUUUACAGUCUAUAUACAUGUAUGUCAGUGGAUUGCAACCUUAUUAGACUCAAUAUUUCCCUUUUAUGACAGAUAUUUUUUAGAUUCUCUUUUCUAUCCUGCAAUCAAAUUCAAAAGAACCUAUUUGUAUGCAUAAUUUUGUAAAUAUCAACAUAAUGCUCUGUAAUAUAAAGGAGAAACAGAAAGUAACUUGUAAUAAAAUAAUAUAUAUUUCAACAUGUCAGUUCUCUGGUAUGACUACAUUAGAAGGCAUUAGGAAACAGCACAUGCUUGCUUUUGUCAUAAAAUCAUUAUGAACGGGGAGCUACAAAUGAAGAUUGAUACAGGUGUAUUAUAUUGGUGAUUUGAACACUGUAAGAUACCAUAAUAUAAGCAAUGUUGCCGUUGAUGGCAUAAUUUUCUAAAAUAGUGAAUAACUCUAGUAGAACAAAACACAUAGUACUGCCUUCUAUUUCAUAGUGUUUGGAGUCCUGGAAAACCCAGUCUAGAUUAAAAUCUUGUGAAAAUAUUAUGUGACUAUAUGUUAGACAGAGAUAGAUUUAAAAAGUAGGGCCUUUGCUUACUUUUU